AAAAACGCUAUCAUUCAUCAUGUCCUCAGUAGAAACCCUUUUUAGAGUAUGGACAAAUAUAGGGGUCGCCUCCUCUCACCGUUUACAAACUCUCUUAUUCUCAAAUCCAUGAGACGCUACCUGAACAUACUAUUAUUCCAGGUCCAGGUUUCGUCCAAAUCGACAUGUACAUAGACCCGUACGUUCUCGCCCUUAAAACCGAAUCGGAUGAUCCCAGCAACCUUGGAUCAAUUCUAUACAGUCGCACCGACGAUGAAGGCUCACUCUCACAUACAAUUAUACGGCCCCUCGAGUCCUCUCACCCCCUAAUUCCAACUGAUACCUCCGUCGCCGCCGAGACUACCUCAACCACCGCAGCCUUGGAACCCCGCAAGCAACCAUCCCUCAUCUCCUCGCACAUCGGCAUCUUCCUAUCCUCCAUCAUCGGCAUCUGCGCCUGUCUAAUCUUCUUCUACUGGCUCCACGGCUACUUCAAAGUCGGCGGCCCAGUCCGACCCCGAGCACCGACUCGUUCUAACUCUCCAGGAAUCCCGAAUAGACUCCUUCGGUAUUUUUCACAGGCGAAAGCAGAAGGGAGCCGGAUAUUGAGUGCCAAGAGAGCACAGAAAGCAAAGGAGAGACAAGGGCCGUGCAGCUGCCAUUGACAGGACUGCGAGAAUGCGUAUCCGUGCGCGAUGCUGGUCCCGCAAUAGAGCUAUGCAACUAUGGUGCAUCGGGUGGCAUGGCAGGACUCAAUAUGCCCCUGCCUGUGCUGGGGGGCGCACAUAUUCGCGGGCCUUCGUAUAACUGGGACCCCUCGAUGCCUCGCCGAUACUCCAACGCCAUGUUCUACACAUCGCACCCGGACCCCAGCUUGCGAGGGAUCGGAACUACCGAACCAGGCAUUUUCUCAGGGUUGACGAUACCGACAAGGUCGUUUAUGAGGUGCGGGAGGCGCUGGAUGGGAGGUAGGCCUGAUGAGGAGACUUACUUCAUGGAUCGGGCUAGAGGUUAUCCCACCCCGCUUGAGGCGGGUUUGUUUGCUGAUGAGGGGUUGCGGACACCACCGCCGAGAUAUGAGGAGAUGUAUAUAAAUGGUUCGAGACGUGCUUUUUAGAUUUUUGGGUGGGUCG